AUUAAUUAAAAUCGCCUUUUUCCGCCGUUCAGUUCGACCCAUGUGGGCUCCCGUACUGUUGAAGCGGCGUUGACUGAUGUGUCAAAAUGGCAGAGCUAACAACACUAGAGAGCCUUUUGGAGAUGGGCUUCGAAAGAAACAGAGCGGAGAGGGCAGUGGCCAACACAGGAAACCAGGGAAUAGAGCAAGCAAUGGACUGGUUAAUGGAACAUGAGAAUGACCCAGACAUCGACGAGCCCUACGUGCCGCCGGUGGGGAACGUCCUGGGAGGGGUAGAUGAACAGCAGUCCAGCACAGAACAGCCGACGCUCGCAGACACCGGUGAAGGUGGAGACAACUACAUCGAGGAUGAGCAGGGCGUAAGGCGGCCAAUGACAGAGGAGGAGAAACAGGAGCAAGUGAAAAGGCUAGAGGAACUGAUGCGGGUGAAGCAAGCGGAGAGAAGAGAGCGAGAGCGGGCAGAAGAGGUGGAGAGGGAGAAGCAGAGGAGGAGGCAGGGCCAAGAGCUGCAGCAGAUCCGCCAGAAACUGCAGGAUGAUGACAUGAAAAAACUCGCCGAUCAGCGCAGGAAAGAGAAGAUGGAGGACAAACUGGCGAGGCAAAGGGUUAAAGAGAAGAUAGCACGAGACAGAGAGGAGAGAGCACAAAAGUUUGGAGGUGGUGCCCCCUCCAGUACGGCUGCAUCGUCCCAGCCUACCCUGCCCAGCCCCUCAUCACCCACCGGUCAGGGCCCUCCACCCACCAAAAAGGAGUACGAUGAGUCCAGGAUACAGGUCCGUCUGCUGGACGGCUCAACCAUCACAGCAGUCUUCAAGGCCCAGGAGCCGCUGGCGGCAGUGCGCGUCUACGUGCAGGUGAACGGCAACACACCCGAGGGUCAGGACUUCACACUGCUGUCCCCCUACCCCCGUCACGUCUACACUGAACUGGACAUGGAGAAGCCCCUCAAAGAGCUGGGUUUGGUGCCUUCAGCUGUGCUGGUUGUUGCCAAAAAGUAAGAACAGGAAGAUCUACUCAGUGAGCCUACCUCACCACUUCCACUACACCAGAGACAGAGCUGCCAUCUAUCAGUAUCACUCAGUAAGCCAGCUCAGUGAACCAAAGCAGAGCUGUAGCGGGAGGCUGCAUUCAGACAAUAUCUAGGAUCUCUUAAAAUGGAGAUGUGAGGAAAAUAAUUCUUGAAGACUGACUGAGUGCAGCCUGUGGCCAUCUCUGAGGGCUGGUGGUUGCAGUGAGUGUGACGUUGACCUUUACCGUUCAAAUGGAAAAAAGUUGGCUUCUGACUGAUACUGAGUUAAGGAGCAACCGUCGUCAGUCGAACAACACAUUAAUAAAAACAUGAAAAAAAAAAAAAUCAUUCACUUUUAACCUGAUACAUAGCAAAGUACUACACAAGUGGUUCUGAAAGGGCCUUAAAUUUAAUUCCCACGAUCUUCCUGAUUUUGUGCAGUUCUACUUUGCCAGUUUUCUUUUUUAUAAGUUAAGAUAUAUUGUUAUGUCUACAUAGUCACAAAAAAAAUCUACUUACAAUAAAGCUGACUUGGAGAAGAGAUGACAUGGUCACCUGUGACAUUCAUUCAUUUAUUCAAAAUAUUCUGUACUAUUUUUAUUAAAAGAUUUCAUUAAAACAACUCACUGAACAACAAAAACAACUAACCAACAACUGACUAAUCCUGCAAAUGUGUAUUUCUGUUUAAUUUACGCUUGGUACGGCUCUAACACCAUCAGAUCUGAGGCCUGUAUCACGUAGGGAGCUCAAUUUAACCGGCUUUACUCCAACUUAUCCAGCUGAACUUAUCCAGAACAGUGACGAUAUGGUGAUAUAAGCGGUGUCACGAUGCUGGUUAUCAAGUCGUUAACUCAAUCCAGGUUUGUCUUGUUGUGAAUCGGUGAACGCGCACGGUAUAAGGGCGGGAUCCAAGGCAGCAGAACACUCACAAUCAUGAGCGCUGAUCCGCCAGCAAAUGGGACAGCACACGUCUCCUACGAGGAGCAAAGACUGAUUCUACUCAAAUAUGAAGAAGAAAAAGUAAAUCUCACUGGAUAAUCUCAAAAAGUCAAACACUGCGGCUGCAUCGAAGAGACGCCUUAAGGCGUGGUAAAGGAUUGCAGAUUGCAUAAAUGCACAAAUUACACAAAUGGCUCAAUUAGUUUACAUUUAACGAAGUCACGAAUCCCAAUGACUGCGCUGCAUUGAUGAACCGCGAGUAUGACAAUUAGUCAGAUUCCCCCAGAUGUAAAACCUCUGGAGUAAAAAGAACGUGGGAGCAGAUAAAAACCAAGCACAUAUUAUUUCAUCUGGGGAGUUGGAUUUCUUAAUUCUAUAAUGUUACAUGGGCUACAAUAAAGAUGGAAGCUGAUUCCCCAGUUACAUCAUAUCAAUAUAUCAAGUUGUUGGCCUGAAUUAAAUUAUCCUGACUUUAAACUGUGUUUGAGCUGAGCGGGGACGAAUGGCUAAAAUAUCCUCUUCUUUGUGUGGUUAUGUCCUGGAAGAUGCGUUCACGCUGUAACGCUCUUCUGUUGAUUUGGGCUCUAAUCUCAAUCAGGUCAUCCAAUGAAGGGGCUCGUGAUUCUUUGGCUUUGGGUGGAGCCUUCCAGAUAAAUCCUGAAAGUUACCCUGACCCGAAGCAGGUUAGCCGUUCCGUGGUAGUUACCGUAACCAAAGUUACUGUGGUAACGCAGCUCGAUAAGAAUGAAUCCAGCUUCGUGAUACCGUAAACCCAGGGUUAACCCUGAAGUUAACUCGCUUAACCCGUAAUCCUGCUUUGUGAUACAGGCCUCUGAUCCGACAUACGCUAUCAGUCAGAAAUAAACGAAUCCGAGGUUGAAAAUAGUCCCCAGGCACAAUUUAGGCCUGUUUGAUUGAUGUUUACAACACUCACUCGCCAAUUCAUUAGGUACACUAAUAUUGAGUCAUUCAAAUCUAACGUUCCUGCACCAACUCUUGGCUUCAUGACUGUUAUAAUGUUGUGUGUGCUAAAACCUCACAAGAAAGGUGGUGAUACAACUGAAUGAUCAUUUUCCAGGACGUAGUUUAUUACUAGCGUACCUAAUGAACUGUCUUGUGACUUGUGUUUGUGAUGGCUUCUCACUAACAUGUUUGUUUUGGUCUUUUCAUGCAAACUGUCGCAAUAAAACUGCAGAAUCUGAA